CGAGGCCGCCGGGAGCCUCGGGACAGUCCCGCAGCCCUCCCGCGGCGACGCCGAGCAGCGUACGGCCACGAGCCGCAUCUGGCACCCGGCUUUGCCUGCCCGCCUGCUGCACCGGAACAGCAUCACCCCCAUGGCGCGGCUCCUGACACUCUGCUCCUGGUUGCUGGCGCUCGGCCCUGGCCUCCUAGCCACCGUGCAGGCGGAAUGCAGCCAGGACUGCGCGACCUGCAGCUACCGCCUGGUGCGCCCCGGCGACAUCAACUUUCUGGCCUGCACGUUGGAAUGUGAAGGACAGCUGCCUUCUCUCAAAAUCUGGGAGACCUGCAAGGAGCUCCUGCAGGUGUCCAAGCCCGCGUUUCCUCAAGAUGGCACCAACACCCUCAGAGAAAGCAGCAGACAGGAUGACAGCCACUUGCUAGCCAAAAAAUAUGGAGGGUUCAUGAAAAGGUAUGGAGGCUUCAUGAAGAAGAUGGAUGAGCUUUACCCAGCUGAACCAGAGGAAGAGGCUAAUGGAGGUGAGAUCUUUGCCAAGAGGUAUGGAGGCUUCAUGAAGAAAGAUGCUGAGGAGGGGGAUGCCCUGGCCAACUCCUCCAACCUUCUCAAAGAGCUGCUGGGAACAGGUGACAACCACGAAAGAGAAAGCCUCCACCAGGAGGGCGCCGACAAUGAUGAGGACAUGAGCAAGAGGUACGGGGGCUUCAUGAGAGGCCUCAAGAGAAGUCCCCAACUCGAUGACGAAGCCAAGGAGCUGCAGAAGCGCUAUGGGGGCUUCAUGAGAAGGGUGGGCCGUCCAGAGUGGUGGAUGGACUACCAGAAGAGAUACGGAGGCUUCCUGAAGCGCUUCGCUGAGUCUCUACCCUCCGAAGAGGAAGGUGAAAGCUACUCCAAAGAAGUUCCCGAGAUGGAAAAACGAUAUGGGGGAUUUAUGCGGUUUUAAUUCCCUUUCCCAGCCAUAACCCCAGGUUCUCCUCAGCCUUCCUUUGUCCCCGGUGAACAACUGCCUCAUUGCUCGUGUUCAUUGUCACAUGUUGCUUGCUUUGUACCGUUGCCCUCGGGGUCUGGAGAACUAUGUGGCCUGGAAGCUGUCAUUUCAGGGUCUGUGUUUUUCUGGGAAUCUUGAAGCACAGUAUUGGUCGAGUGUGGCUUUCCUGUUUUAAUGCUCUAUUUUGUGACUGAUGUUCCAACAAAAUCUCACUAAAUGCUCACUUGUGUGCAAAUAUAAUAAACCCAUAACCCCA